GCUCCUGCCGCUCAAUCAUUAGGCCCCCCUCCCCCUCUCUCCAAACCAUCUCUCUCUCUCUCUCUCUCUCUCUCUCUCUCGUCUUUCAGUAGCUCUGUUUUCUGUUUCUCCUUAUUCCGAGCUUAUUCGAGGCUUAUUUCAGUUGGAUGACGACGCCUGACGGCGGCGGGCAGGGAUCCAGGGGUGCUAAUGGCACGGCGUUGGCCGUCAAGAAGCCGCCGUCGAAGGACCGUCACAGCAAGGUGGACGGUCGCGGGCGGCGGAUCCGGAUGCCGAUUAUCUGCGCCGCGCGCGUCUUCCAGCUGACCCGCGAGCUCGGCCACAAGUCCGAUGGGCAGACCAUCGAGUGGCUGCUCCGCCAGGCCGAGCCAUCCAUCAUCGCCGCCACCGGCACAGGUACCACCCCCGCCUGCUUCUCCUCCGCCGCCCCCCGUUCCGCUGCCGUCCACUCUAUCUCCUCCCCCUCCUCCUCCUCCGCCGCCGCCGCCACCGCCGCCGCAGACCACAAGACCCCCUACCACCUCCUCCCCCCGCCCGCCACCGCCCCCGCCCCCUUCAUCCUCGGCAAGCGCCUCCGCUCCGACGACGACUCCGCCGCAGGCGGCGGCCCGGUUAUCGGCCCGGCGGGGGGUUUCUGGACGGUGCCGGCCAGACCGGACUUCGGGCAGCUAUGGAGCCUCGCGGCGCCGGAGAUCAUCGCCGCCCAGCCGGUCGGCGAGGCCUCGGCCUCUAGGUUGGGGAACUACUUUCCUAUCGCCCAGGGGCACCUCAACCUGCUCGCCUCGUUGUCGGGGGCGCCGACAACUGCGGCCGCGGCAGCGAGCAGAGAAGACGAGUCUCGUUGAUUGUUUCGGGUUCUCAGGUUAGUGUUAGGUUUUAACUUUUAAGAUUGGAUGAAAAAAGGUCGAAGCUUGUGGAAUUGGCUGUAGUACUUCGCCCGCUGUCUUUCUUUUUCUUUUCUUAUCCCUUUGUUUGUGAGGCUUUGCUCGAGCAGUGGAGAAUUGGGAUUCGUGAAACGGCUUUGGUUCCCUGAGCUACUCAACAAAUAACAAGACUGGUUACAAAAGGAAGGAACUUGGAAUCAAAAAAUUACUACUGUACUCAAUGGAAAGAUGGUAGCCUUACUAUUUCCUGUUCUGCCGUGGAGAAUGUAGGAUACUGAAGGCGUCAUCAGUCCUCUUGUCUUCCUGCAAGCCACCGGGAGAAAGGCUCUUAUUGGAAAUCUAGGUUUCCUGGAAUCAGAUGGCUCUAUAAGUUCAAGGAGCAGUAUUGGAAUUCGGUUUGAUUGAAUAACUGGCAAUGGGAAUGUUGUAAGUUGGUUAAUUUAUCAUCUUGGCCGCUGCAGAGAAGAAUUUGGAUUUAAUAAGUGAUCUCAGGUGCCUUGAUAAAGAGGGCUUGGGAACCUAGUGGUUUUGGACUCAAGCCUCGGGUCUCUUCCUCCACUCUAUUUAUUGCUGCGUCAAGUGUGGAAAUGGCUGCAGAAAACCUCUGUUGUAAGGCUGUAAGUUCUGUUAUUUCAACUUUCAUCUCUAUCUUAGUCAUUUCUCCUGGAUUUAUUAGUAAGGAAAUAAUGAGUGUAUGUAUGUAUUUAUGCAUUGUUUGGAGUGUAUGAUGCUAAUAAAAGUGUACCUGUUCCUGUUGCUGAUGACA